AUGAAGACUUCGAUUUCGUCGGAUGUAUGGGAGAAGAAGAAAGCAUUGAUUGCAAAGUUGUAUAUGGAAGAGGAAUGGCCAUUGAAGCAGGUUAUCAAGCAGAUCCGGUCCGAUGAUUUCAAUCCAAGUGAAACUCAACUACGAAGCAGACUGAAGAAAUGGCGAGUCACCAAGCCAUCUCGUCAGACUCGCAAGAAGACUCAGUCCGGCUCUAGCGCCGAGCCAGACUCGGAUAGAGACGUGACCCGAAAACCCUCUAUUCAACGCCCAUUACCCAGAGAUCCUCCAAGAGCUCGCCAUGACUGGCCUGGUGCCCAGUCUAUGUACGCCCCUGUCUCAGAGGACCACCCCCACGGCAAAUGGAAUUCGCCUCUAGCCCAGCAACUCACGCCUAGCCCGUCGGGCGAGCAUGCGCUUGUUUCGGACCGCUCGGCAGUCCACUCUCACUCCUACCCAGAUCUCAGUCCAACCGCGACAUCCUUUGACCACGCCCAUACCUCCCCAGUCGGUGAGGCGCUUAUGGUGAACACCACUUCCGCCGUGGCUCCGUCUUACCCUGCCGGCUCCGCCUACCCUCUGUCUCCGGAAUCAUGUCUGCCCAGCCCUGGUGGCACUGCAAACACCACUUCCAGUGGCAUGGCCUGGCCUCCUCGUGCUGUCUCGGCCGAUUACGGCCUCAACCCUGCUCAGUGGUACCAACUGCCCUUUGAGGCCAUCACUCCUCCCAGCGGCGUCGCCCAUUCUACAGCCCCUAUUGCUCCUUCAUUAUCUGGUUACCUGCCACCUGCAUCCGCUCAGGUCUAUCAUCAGUACCCUCACUAUCAGAGCGAGGCACAUGAGUACCACCAUGGCUACGGCGACAAGAACUGGAAACGUGCCAUGUCAUUGCAGUAUGACAUGGGCGGACACCCCGCUGGUCGGGCUGAGCAUCCAGACAGAAAGCAGAUGCAUGGCCAGUCUCAUGGCCAGCAUCAUGCAGUGAUGUCUCCUUCUCAUACACAAUCUGGUCCGCAGUCGGUGAUGUGUGCUCCCAUCAUGCCUUAUAUGGGUCAAGAUCACUACCAGAAACCCCCUGGCAUUGGCUAUUAG